CCGCGUAGCAUGGAGGGAUCUUCGACACUCGUCGGUAAUCACUCGGACAGAUUGGCGCUGAAGGAAACACUCGAAACAUUUCCGACGUUUAGUCAGAUUUUAUUCGAAGGGCUGCUUUGAGUUUUGGCAAAUUUCUGUAUAAAAGUCAAGGUCGCAAAGCAUCGAUCGCCGAGCAGAAAAUCCAUCACCGUGCACUUGAAUAUGUUUUUUUUUUAACCUCAUGCCAACGAAGAAAGAAUAAGCUUUGAAUAAUGCAUGCUUUCGGCUUUUGACUAUUGUUUAUUUUACUUUAAAAGAAUCUAAGCAUGGAUUUAACUAGAAUAAUAAGUGAAUGUCAGACAAUUGCCGAAUUGUCGACUCUGCUGGAAAGCUCGUCAUUUAAUGAAUUUGAACGGCAAUUUUUUCUCAAAAGGGAAUACGAGAUAGAGAGCCGUUUAGAAAAAUGGAAAAAAGAAAAUCAACAAUUUGGUUUAUGGGCAAACAUUACGAAUUCCUGGACACCAGAACAGAGACAGCAGCUUUUGUCUGAUUGGAAUAAUGAUAGGGGCUUAUCGCAUAAUGAGCUAGAAAUAAGGAAGUCAAUUGAACAUCGCCAAAAAAUUGAAGAGUUAGAGGCACUGGAGUCAGGAAAAUUAGAAAAGGGUUUGGGACCAAUAAAGAGGUUUUCUGCGCGAAAAUCCUUUACUCUUGGAUCUGGCUCUUCGGGGACGUUUGUCUAUGUCGGGAUUUUGCAAGACGGCAGUGAAGUAGCUAUAAAGCGAAUGUUGAUACAAGCCUGUGAAGACACAGCUGAAAAUGAAAGAAAAAUCCUCUCACUCAUUAACACAAAGAAAUCACCAUUUAUAGUGAGCUAUCGCCAUUUUCUAAUGGACAAUACAUUUAUGUACCUCAUUCUUGAUCUCUGUGAAAAGACACUGGAUAAGUACGUUUGUUCUCUUUCCACUGAUCAUUUGCAAAGGCAUGGGCGAAAAAUGAUCAAAGAUAUCUUUGCUGGACUUGCAUUUCUUCACGGAGAAGGAAUAUUGCAUAGAGAUCUAAAACCAAAAAAUGUCUUGGUUGACGUUGGAGGUUGUAUGAAAUUAGCAGAUUUUGGAAUAAGCCGCGUACUUAAUCAAGAAGAAACUACGUUUCAUACUGAUGCGAAAGGAACAUCAGGCUGGAUGCCUGCUGAAGUAAUUAAGCAUUUAAAUGAGCAAUUAAAAUAUCCAAGCAAAGGUCGGUAUAAAAGAAAAUCUGAUGUGCAGGUGGCUGGUAUGCUUUCAUUCUUCAUAUUAAGCAAAGGCGAGCAUCCAUUUGGUGCAACUGUCUACGAACAAAUGGGAAAUAUUGUGAACGGUAAUCCCGUUAAUUUACGCAUGCUUGCUGAAGGUGAUGCUCGACGCUUUGUGUCAUGGUUGAUCCAACACAACCUUGAUGCCAGACCAAAUGCUGAUGACGCUUUGAAGCACGACUUUCUUGACGAUGAAGAAUUUAUAUAACUAUGAUCAUAUGAUUAUUACAUUUUCCCAGAUAUAAUUGAAUAAAACUUUGAAUAAAGAUGGAAUAAUUGGCGAAGACAGUUCAUCAUAAGUUAAAUAAUCAAUCUGCAUUAAUAACUGCGGUCAUUUGGGGAUAACUUUCGUUGGCAUAUGAGAACGACACGCGUACUGUAAGGGUAUCAAUCAGCACCUUUUGCAAGAUUAAAUCCCUCCCUAUGGCUAUGCUCAUUUAGCUUUAUCAAAUUAAAAACGUUGCAAAAAAAUCCUCCCGCAGGAAUCGAACCUGUACGCCUCUGCAUGGAUUUCAGGGUAGUACUGUUCCCACCGCACUAAGCUGCGAAUAAAGUUUCUUGAAAUUGAAAAUGUUGUUCG